UUUCACAAGCAAUGCAUUUACUUUUCCUUUUGUUGCUCUCUUUGUCAUGCGACAGGUGGGAUAGGCACGUUCCAUGGUAUGCUCAACAGUUUCAUCCACUUUAUGAUGUACACCUACUAUGGUCUGGCCGCAGCGGGACCUCGAUACCGAAAAUAUAUCUGGUGGAAAAAGUAUAUGACUACUGCUCAGAUUAUCCAAUUUGUGGUGGUCAUUUUCCAUUCAGUCUACACGUUGACAUUGCACGAUUGCAAUUAUCCAAAACUGUUCAACUAUUGGAUUUUGUCCUACGCGCUCAUCUUUCUGGUCUUGUUUGCCAACUUCUAUUCACGGGCGUAUAACAAGCAAAUGACCACAUCGCAAGCGGUGCCCGGAAGUGUGACACGUCGCUGUCUAAAAGUGGACUGAUGUCCGGUCAGCUAUCUGACCUUUCUUAUCCAUGAUCCUCUGCGCCUACAUUUUUCUACUUCUUUCCUCUCUGCAGUUCUGUGUCUUUUAGACUUUUCCAUUUAGCACACUGGCAACCAUUUGGUUUGGCUUCUUAUUUCAAUCGCUCUUUAUCUCUUCCUCACCCAGCGUUCACAUAUCUUCACUCAGGAGCGUUCAUUGACCCCGAUGAAAGCGUCUACACGACAUAUCCUUG